AUGGACGUGUUUCUGAUGGUUGGGCGCCACAAGACCACCAUGUUCAUCGACGCCAAGGAGUCGAGCACCGUCCUGGAGCUGAAGCUUAUGAUCGAGGGCAUCCUUCAGCAUCCGCCUGAGGAACAGCGCCUCUACAAGGACGACCAGCUCCUGGACGACGACAACAUGACGCUCCUCGAGUGCGGCUUCACCAGCAAGACGGCGAGUCUCUGGGACCGGGCCACGCUGGGGCUGGCCUUGUGGGGGGACGGCGCCUUUGAGGACCUCCACUUCGAACCCUACUCCAACCUGGAGGAGGAGGAGGAGGCGGAGCAGGCAGGGGUGGCAGAGGAGCCGGAGGAGGAGGAGGAGGAGGAGGAAGAGGAAGAGGAGUGGGAGGAGGAAUAUGGGGCAAACGGGCUGGGCUACAGCUGUGAUCAUUAUAGACCUGAACUCCCGUAG